GUAAAUAUUCUCAUAGUGGCGCACGCAGCUUCCCUGGAUUCAUGCACUCGAAGCCUUCUACGGAAGCGUUUCCGUAGCGGUGGAAGCGGAAGUAGCAGUAGUACCAGUUCAAAUGGAAAUGCCAGUGGAUUGACUAAUGGAAAUAACAACGGUGGAAACUUUAUUUCAACUUCAAAUUGUGUAGGAUUGAGCGAUAUUGAGGAGUUGCAUCGACGCGCUCCUGUACCCUACUGUGGUCUCCUUUGUGCGGUUGAGGGAAGUCGAAAAUGGCGCAUUGAAGAGCCUCCUAUACCCUCUCUUACCCAUGGUCAAAAUACCGACUUCGAUUGGCGCCAAUUUCAUGGUUCAUCUAUUUACAGUUUUGGGUUUAGAUAA